AUGAGAUACUACGCUGACGGUGCACUUUUAGGUACGUUACAGACACCUGGCAGUACCAUUCCAACUGGCCAUAGCUUCACAUUGGGAAACGGUGAUAGCUAUCUCACCCGAUCCGAUCAUGCAUUUGGUGGAGAGAUGUUGCAGCUCAACGUCUACGCAAAGGAACUGUCUGGAGAAGAAAUUAAAAGAAUGGCUGACGCUGGUAUGUGUUCUACUAUAGAAGAUGAAAAUGAGGACGUGCGUGUUCUGAAAUGGGAGGACAUGUUGAAGAAGAGUAGAACAGGAACCGUUACAGAAUUUAUCCCUGAUCAAUGUGGUAAGGAAGCUGAGCUCUUGGCCACUAAGCAUUUAUUGGCAGAAUGUCAGCAGUCUUUGGAGGAAUCCGAGCAGACAUUAGAGGAAACAAUUAAGGAAAAAGAGGUCAUUGAGCAGACCCUGAACCAGACACAAACAAAGCUAAACUCUACGGAACUACAGCUGGAAAAUGUAUCUACAAACUUGAACAGAACAGCUGACAAUCUUCAAACGGCCCUGAAACAGUUGGAGCAAUGCAACCAGACCAGUCAAAGUUGGGAUUGGGAUCUUUUCUCCCAGGACACCUACGUGAACACGACGAUCUCUUUAGAAGUUGCUGAGCGGCUUCGUUCUAGCUGGGACAACAUAGCUGAGAUGAUGAUCGGGUUCACGAUAACCGACCAGUUCAUCACGUUUCUAAAGCACAUUGACACUGAUGAGUGUUCAGAACAGAGACCGUGGACAAUGCUGUAUACCAAGCGGUACCUGAACAAGGUGUUCACAAGAGAGGAUGCUAACUCACUCAUCACCAUGUGGGACGGAAUUAGCGGGAGUCUUGUCGGUGUUAAGAUGACGAGGGAAACGGUGGAACUCUUGAAGUACAUCACCAAAAAUUGCACUGUCUAAGCUUGACCUGCACUACUCACCAAGUCAAGGACUUGACUUCACAAUAAGAAGGACGAUUAUUUCUUUUAGGCAGGAACAAUGACAUUUCCAAUUCUUCAUUCUUGACAUUUUCUGAUUAAAAAUGGUUCGUCAGUCAAUUAUUUCCAUCUGUGCAAGCAUGUUUUACUAUUGAAGAGCAUAAAGUGGUAACCUUGCCUACAGCAUGAUACUCAUACAAUAGUUUUGUUUACGUUAAGCGAAGUUGAUUUGAUUAAUCAUUAAUCGUUAGCAGCUCAAUAACUUUUAAUUCUUUUGCUUGACUAGAACAUUUUCUGGAUGUAAAAAACAUUUGAUUUUAAUAAUGUUUGUGCAAUUUAUGUAAAUAUUUAGUUGUGUUCUCAAACUCUUUUGAAAAUUAAAGUUUCUCAAUUAUCUGAUUCAACAACAUGAAUGAACAGUUUUUUUGUUGAUAACCAACGAAGAUUUUUCCUUGAAGGUUACAUUGGAGAUAACACUCGUUUAAGUUCAAAUAGGACAUGUCUAAAUUUAAUAUCUUAAAUAAAAAUAUUUGAAUAAAAAUAUUACCGAAUAACAUGUUCUCGAUGACAAUCAUUGAGAAUCUUUGAUAUAAAUUGGGUCGCUAUAUUCGCUAUAUUCUAGAAUGUGACUGAGGAGUGAUUAUAUUUGUCC